GCUGGUGAGACUGCAGCCAAACGAGUCUGCAGAGACACGACUGAGUUAAUCUGUGCAGACGUCAGGAGGCUCAGCGAGGAGUGAGGAGACAGCGAGGAGGCUCAGCGAGGAGACAGUGAGGAGACAGUGAGGAGGCUCAGCGAGGAGUGAGGAGACAGUGAGGAGGCUCAGCGAGGAGUGAGGAGACAGUGAGGAGGCUCAGCGAGGAGUGAGGAGACAGUGAGGAGACAGCGAGGAGUGAGGAGACAGUGAGGAGGCUCAGCGAGGAGUGAGGAGACAGUGAGGAGACAGUGAGGAGACAUUGAGGAGGCUCAGUGAGGAGUGAGGAGACAGUGAGGAGGCUCAGUGAGGAGAUGCUGUCCGGCUGCUGGGUCCCGGUGCUGCUGCUGCUGCUGCUGCUGCUGCUGCCGACUGUAACUGAGGCUCAGAGUGGUGAUGGAGAAACUGACAUGGAGCUCAGACUCAGCUGCACCUCCCACAUCAUGAUGGACAACAGCAGUGUGACCUGCCAGCUGGUUGGAGGGCGGAGCGACAGUGAGGAUGAUGAAGAUGAUGAAGCUGACGGCAUCGAGAGAAUGACGGCCUGCUUCAAGUGGGAGGGGGAGGAGAAGUGCGUGGAGGGCUUCGGGAACACCAUCCACUCCAAACAUCUGAACCCUAUAUUAGACUUCAAUGUGACGGCUCACCUGAAGAGAGGAGGCCAGAUUUCAACCGUGAUCAACCUGAAGAAAAUAGUCAAACCGAGAAGUCCUCAGGUGUGGAACGUGACAUUCAACCAGGAGUCCAACCAGGCUUUCAUUUAUAUCCGCAUUCCGUACCACAAAGAUUACCUGAAAGUAGACAAUCAGCUCUUCCAGCUGCACAUCUGGAACAAGAGCAGCAGCAUAUAUCAGAACGUCUCCUCAUCAGACCAUGUCAUCCUGAAGAUUGACAUGGAGCGUCUCAGAAGUAACGCAAAGUACCAGGUCAAAGUUCGAGCCAUACCAAAGAGUCACCUGCAGGGUUCCUGGAGCGAGUGGAGUGAGAUGUUCAGUUUCUCUACUGUUGCUGGUGACAGUGAGCAUACGGAGACGUACACACUGAUUGUGUGUCUCGUUCUUCUGGCGGUGGUGACUUCCAGUGUUGUUUUGUUCUGGAAGAACAAAAUACUAACCUUCAUGUGGCCAAGCAUCCCGCACCCCAAACACACACUGGUGCAGAUCUGCAAGCCAAAUAAAGGCCUCCUGCUCAACUUCAAACCUGAGGUGUUCAGUGCUCUCAAGGUGUAUCCCAUGGAGAAAACAGAGGAGACCGAGCCGUCGAUCACCGCUGCUGCUGCUGAAGACAACCCGUCCAAUCCUGCCUGCUCCACCCACAGCUCCGACUCCUCCAGGAGCACCACCAGCAUCAGCACUGAGGAGCUGGAGCUGUCUGCCCUGCUGAGCAGGAGCUCCUCCGAGGGAGAGGACGGCCUCCAGAGCACCAGUCCGUCCCCCGUCCACGUCCCCCAGCCGGAGGAGAGACGUCGCAGCCCUCAGCCUGAGAGCAGCGGUGGAGGAGAUGAAGCUGAGGAGUCUGGAGGGAGCCAGCAGGAGGAGGCCUACGUCACCAUGUCCAGUUUCUAUCAGAUCAAGUAGAUCAGCAGGAGGAACAGAGACUGACAGACAACCACAACCAAACUUCUGAGAAAUAAUCUUCAGGAUGCUUUCUAAAAUCAGCCCGACCAACCCUGAUGACGUCAGAAGAUACGUCUGAGGAUUCAAGUUACGGCCAAUCAGAGACAACGAUGGACUCACCUCUGCUGCGUGGCCUCACUCAGAACAAUCCAUACGUGACGUAUUAUUCUGCAAAGGCACACAACUUUAUUAUUUAUUGAAGUGUUUUUGAUGUCAUCACCUCCAGCAGCAGAUCAAGACUCAGUCUGUCAGCCUGUCAACAUGUGACGAGUAGCAGUUUGGUAAAUGUGUGCUGUCGACCCCGAGGUACUGACAUGUAGCUUCUAUUGUAUUCUGUAGUUUUUGAUUAUAUCAGGUUUAUUUUCAUGUUAUUUUACACAUCAUAUACCGACAACUUCCUCAUGAAGUCAUCUGGAGUUGUUGGAGGAACUUUAGAGGAUCAAACUAGUGUUUCUGUGUGUUUUACUACAGCUGAUUGGUUGAAGUCUACCUGUCACAACCAGGCUGCCUGGGAAGAAGUCCCACAACUUCUAUACUGAUCUGAAUCAAACAGAUGGGUGACAGAUCUCCUAUAAGCACUUCAAGAAUACCUUUUUAAAAACUACCUGAUCCACCGGGAGGAUCACGAGAACUCUUCAAUGACUCUAACAACCAAUUACAAGACAACUACAACCCGUUAAUAAACAGAGGAACCACCUGAAGCUCCUUCAAUAACCACAUAAGAAAUCUAAGUGACCAAAGCUCCAGAUCAAAGUAGAUAACGAUAAAAAGAACUUCUACACUGACCACAAGGACAACCUUAAAAACCCCUGGAACCUUCUCAAAGACCGCCUGAACUGCCUCAAAUACCACCAGGUCCCGGGUGUCCUGCCACCUCCAGCCAUUAACAGUUUCAGAGGAUUUUAUGUUUUUGUCAUUCAGAGCUCGUGUGUCUGCAUCCAGAACGUUUCACUUACUUUUAUGUUUUGCCUUUAAUUCGUCACCCAUCUGUUUCAAGAUUAACUGUAAUUAUUGAAACAUACAAGCAGCAGCGAGGUCCUCUGAAAGAAAGCUGCUCGUAUCUGCACUGAAACUGUGGGAGAAGUGUCGGUGGGUCGGGUUCUUCUCCAGGUCGAUCACAUGGUGAUGAUCAGGCCGAGGCUGCAGGACAGAUGUGGGUGUGUUGCUGCAGCAACCCGACAUCAAACACACAA